AUGCACGGCUUCACCUCAAACCAAACUGGCUCUUCGGGGGAGAGAAACUUUGAACUGGUGGAGGCGGAGUUCCUGGAGGUUUUGAAGGAGCUGUCGGGUGAUAAGACUCUGGAGAAAUUCCGGGUGGAAUACGAGAAGCUAACCAAAGCCCUGAAGAAAUCCCACGACAAUGAGAAGAGACUUAUGACAAAAUGCCGAGAGCUGAACGCGGAGAUCGUUUCCGACUCCGCCAAACUCGCCGCGGCUCACAAAUUGUCCCAAGACGACAGGACAACUAUAGCAACCCUGAAAUUGGAAAUUGAUAAGGCCUGGAAAAUGGUGAACGCCGCCCAGGAACAGGAGUUGAGGGCUAAGGAAACGAUUGAAAGUCUGAAAGAGGAGAUCACAAAACUCUCCAGGGUCACCAGAGAAGGAGCAGGUCUAUCGUUAGAUCCUGACAACAAUGUCGAGGAGCUGUUGAAAGCGAAAGAUGAACUGACCAAGGCUCGAGACGAACUGCUUUCCGAAGUCGUGAAGUUACGCGAAAACCUUAGCGAGUCUCUGGCCGCUCAGAAAGACGUCGAAGCCCAAAAGGAAAAAGCGAUGGAGAGCAUCUCUGAGCUGGAGCAGAAGAUCCAGGUGUUUCAGAGCGAGAAUUCCAGGGAGGCGCGGCGGAAGGAGAAACUGGAGAAGGAGGUUAACCAGCUGAGCGCUGAUCUGGAGGCUAAACUGUCAGACAUAGAGCUGCUGAACCUACAGAUUCAACGCAGUAAAGAGGAGCAGCAGCGUCUGGAGCUGCAGCUCAGAGAACAGAAGAUCAUGAAUGAAAGAGUGAGUAAGGAGCUGGAGCAGGUGCAGGUGCGGAAUACCAAACUCCAGCAGGAAAAUGAGCAGAACUCCCAAAGUCUGGAUCAGCUCACCCUGGAGAAUCAGCAAAGAGCAUCGGACCUGAAGAUGAAAGAGGAGGAAGUGAACCAGAUGAAACAGGAGAUUGCCAAACUGACAAAAAUGAGGGAGGGUAUCCAGAGAAGACUGUGUCAAACAGAGGAUCAGAAACUGGAGAUUGAACAGCAGAGAGAGACACUGAAGAAUCAGAUCUCCGGACUGGAGAGAGAGAUGGAGACCUCUAAGAAGCAAAUCGAAAUGGACAAGAAAGCCAUUGACGAGCUGGUGAGAGAGAGAGACAUCUUGAAUAAGAACAUGGUCAAGGCUGCGAAUGCGACUGAGAAACAGUUGAACAUUGUGAAGCUGUAUGAGCAGUCGAAGAAGAAUCUGGAACAGGAGAUAAUGAACUAUCGCGAGGAGGCCCAGAAACAACGCAAGAUCAUUUACCAGCUGGAGAAAGAGAGAGACCGCUACAUCAACGAAGCCAGCGAGCUCACGCAAAAGGUGCUCCAGCACAUGGAGGACUUUAAAGUGCAGGAGAUGCAGCUGUUUGAGUAUAAGAAGAGAAUCGCCGAGGGCGAGACCAAACUCAAACACCAGCUCAACCUCUACGAGUCUCUCAAAUCCGACGUCACCCUCUACAGCAAGAGCGUGGUGGAAGCUCACGACGAAAUCAAAGAGUUAAAUAGGAAGAUAAAGAUCCUGACUCAUCAGAAUGACGUGCUGAGAGAGGAGAACGGUGGGAAAGAAGCAGCUCUGGUCAAAGAACAGCAGGACUUUCAGAAGGUGGAGAAGGAGAAAGAGGCUCUCAAGGCUGAACUCCAGAAGAUGAAGCAGCAGGCUCAGGAGACUAAGAAAUUCAUUGAAAACCAAGCAGCAGAAGAAAAAAAACUCCUGAAGAUCUUAGCUGACUCUGACACCGAAAGAGUCCGGGAGAAAAAACUGCUGGAUCAGGUGAUCAGCGAACGGGACAUUCUGGGGACAGUGGUGGUGAGGAGGAACGAUGAGCUGGCUCUGCUAUAUGAGAAAGUGAAGAUUCAGCAGUCCAUGCUAAACAACGGCGAGAGACAGUACAACAAGAGAGUGCAGGACAUCCGACUGCUCAAGAUGGAGAUCAAGAGACUGCACAGGGAAAAGCGUAUCCUCAGUAAAACCGUGUCUAGCGUGAAAGACUUAAGGUGGGAGGUGAACCAUCUGCAAAGAGAGCUCCUGAAAGAAAGGACGCGCUAUCGAUGUUUAGAACAGCAAUUUCAAAACCCGCCUAACAUACAUCACUGGAGAAAACUAGAGGCGCGCGACUCCAGCGCUUUCGAGCUGAUUCAGAAGAUUCACUCUCUGCAGAGGCGUCUGGUGACUAAGACCGAAGAAGUCGUGGAGAAAGAACUUCUGUUACAGGAAAAGGAGAAACUGUAUGUGGAGCUGAAGCACAUACUGGCACGUCAGCCUGGACCAGAGACGGCAGAACAGAUUCAGAUCUACCAGCAAACACUCCGCGAGAAGACUAAACAACUAAAGGCGUUAUCAGCAGAGCUCAACAUGUACCACUCACAGACGCACGAGUACAAGUUACAGAUCGAACGUCUAAGCCAGGAACUCCAGAAUAUUAAAAAGAAAUACCUGUCACAGAAACGCAAAGAGCACCGGUGCAGGGAGAAAGAACGGAUCUUGGCCCACAUGGAUCAGUCUGUCAUUCAGCCUCAGAGACCAGACGGGCCCCGAUUCACUGGAGGAGGCUUCAACCUCACGGAAACUAACAAAAUUACAACUUAA